AAGAAGCAACCUGCUGAUACAGCGAAGACCACCUUUUCGGUGUUGUUAAAUUUUAUGCGUAGACAAACCUGUACCCUAUCCAAAGCGAUGUAAUCUGGGUUGAUGUAGAGCCAGUCAUGGAUAAGCUCAGUAUUAUAUCGGGGGCACUGUUCUUUGCCGCCGACCUUUUCGCUGUGGCGAGUUUGGCGAUGCCCAACUGGAUAGUGUCGGACAUCGGGGGCACAACUCACAUUGGAUUACUGCAGACAUGCUUGACUAUAUAUGGACGCUCAAAAAUAUGUUUUUCUCCGGAGCCAGUGAGAGGAGAAUGGCUAUUGACUUUCAUCUGCAUUGUGUUUGGGAUUGUGUGUAUCAAUGUGACUCUGAUAUUGCUGGCUGUGUCAUACUGGAGAUACAGGGUGAUGAGAUUUGCCCGAUGGCUUGGCUUUGUGGCAAUGAUAUUAUUUUGCCUGGCAGCUGUGAUAUUCCCCGUGGGAUUUGAUAUGGACCAGAUAGGAGGAGAAGCAUAUCAGUUGCCACCUAAUUUCCAAGUUGGCAUAUCCUACAUUUUCUUUGUUCUUGCCUUGUGGAUUACUGUGAUAUCAGAACUGUUUGCUGGGAAAGUAUGUUUGCCUCACUUCUAAAAUACAACCUCUGUGCCAAGACAGAAAGUGCAUUGUGAUUGCUAUAUUAGAACAUUGAUGACUGUUUUAGCCUUUAAUUCUCAGAUGGUUUGAACAGACAACACUAGAGGUCAUUGGAUCUCAACUACAUGUAGUCACUGCUAACCUGUUUCACCUAAGUUAAGUGGCAUAGGAAACUGCUGAUGUGCAAAUAUCAGCAUUAGGUCUACUACAUGUAGGUACUGUUACACAUUCUUUACUGGUGUCAGUCAGCCCAGGCUGUUGUUAUCAAGGGAAUAUCAGAUAUUUACUAGUCAGACUUUCCUGUAAGCUAGUUUUGCCGAGGAUGACUUUCAUGGUGUUGGAAUUGAAGAGGAAAAGCAAGACAGUGCCAUGGCUGCUUAAAGAGAAAAUUUUGUCUGUGCGUGAAUGCUAUAAAGUCCUUCGACUGCUUUUCAUGGUUUGCAUUAAUAAUUCAUGUUCAUUGUUCAUGUCAUUCAUGCUUUAAGCGUCAAGUCUAAUCUAAAAUACCAGUACACAUGAAAAAAAGGAUGCUGUGAAAAGUAGCUUUAGACUAGUAAUGUAAACAUAAUUAAAUAGGUAUAAAAUGUACACUGCAUUAUUUUCAGUGUGUGUUGUAUGGCUGUGUCUGUUACAGAUUGGGUUCAUACAGGUAUAUUGCCAUCAGGUUACUCAUUUCCAUUCAGGUUAUUGUGAUUAAUGUUGUGAAGUCCAAGUCCAUUGUCCAGUAUAUGAAGUACUUGCACAAGGUAAUGCUGCAGCCUUAUUAUUCUUGAUCUACUUAACAUUCUGUACACUCACAGAAUUUGUGAAAUCACAUGUAGAAGGAGUCAAUUAUUAGAGCUAAGUAGAAUCGGUUUGAAUGGUAUAGUUUGAUCUUCAGACAGAUUGGACCCUGUGGAUUCGGUUCGGCUAUGACCUGAAAGUAUCCAAAAAGUUUGGCUUAACCAUUGCACUUGUCUGGUAACUACAUGAUUAACUGAUUUCUCUCUUAGUGCUGAUUAGAAUAAGUCUUUGUAGUCUCAGAAAUGUCUUAGUUUUUUAUUAAUCAGUUUCAUUUCUUGUGGUUUUUAUACUGUUAGCAAUCAAAUUGUUGCAGGGUGUGUAUUUGGUUACCCGUCCAAGAAAAUGUGCAUUUUCUGAUAAAUAUGAUAAUCUGACAUACAUCCCAUUACUAUUGAUUUGAUGAUCUCUUACUUCAGUCAGGAACUGCAAUACUGUAUCCGUCUUGUGAGGGUUUGCACAAAGUAAAAAUGAAAUGAGUUGACACAUUAAAGAAUUUGGCAGCCUGGAAUAAAGUUCCCUUAGCUUCAGGUAAUGGUAACUGCCAUGACAACGCAUGUGUUAUUGUGAUAAUUAUGGUAGUUUUGAGCUAAGGGAAUAUUGUAUCUUAUGUUUGGAAACUCUGUUCAUCCUUAUUGUGGUGUAUUUCCAGAAGAGAAUAUUAAGUCAUACAAGGCUAGUUAAAAGUGCAUCUUAUGACUGCAUUUUGUCAUAAUUUACAAGAAUUUAUGCUACAGGUGUUUAUGUGUAGAUCAUUUCAAGGACCACAACUACUUUGCAGAAAAUGGAGAAAGCUGCCUUUAAAGUCAUUCCAGCUGUUCGGAAGAUAUGGAUGUGGUCAAGUAUAUAUACAGUAUGCGAAAGAAUGUUUGUAUAAAGCCAGGUUUGUGUACUGUAUUGAAAAGUACUGGUAUAAAUGGUUUACUGCAAAACACAUCAUGUGAUCAUUGUAAACUGGUCUAUGUAUUGAAUAUUUGAUGUGUACAUUAGUGCUACACAGUUGACUGAACUGUAAUGUAGUGUACACUACCAAUUAUUUCAGUGCAAAGAUUUCAUUCUUCGUAGAAUUAAAGUGGAGCAUGUGUCCAUGUAAACUAAGGAUUUCUGUUCAUUUGUGUAUAUUUGCUAUUACAGAAAUGAAUAAAUAGUACCCAUGAC